GGGAGGGAGAGGAAGAGGGAGAGAGAUCCUUCGGGUUGUGGGGAGGACCAAAAUUUUCUUCCCUCCCUCCGUCUUUCAGUGGAUUGACAAAUCGAACGAAGCACUUGGCGUACGGGAGAGAAGGCGAGCACCAGCUUCCUCUUUCCUUUUGAAUUUUGAGUGUUAAUCAUUCUUGAAGUUAGAGAAACAUCAAUGAUCAAACUGUCUUGAUAUUCCCAGAUGAAUUUUUUGACUAGGAAGAUGCUGUCUGAGAGUAUUUGAAAAUGAAGACCAAACAAGAUAGAAACUUGACGAGGAAAAGAAGUGGUGUUCACCCAUGCUGUCAAUCAAAUAAAAUUGCUAAGGAUUCUCAGUGUGAAUCAAAGAUAUGUUGCCAAGCUGUAGAAUUAGAGGCUUCUUCAAUUGAAGAUAAUUCGGCUGUUCCACUUAUUGCAGCUCGUUGCAAUGACAGCAACCAUGCUGAAGCCGUUGACCAUGCCAGCUGUUCUGCUAAUGAGCUGUCACCAAACACAUGCUCAUAUUUAUUGGAGACUAUCUUUUCUCCACCAUUGGAGCCCAAGGAAUUUCAAUGUCAACAGCUUGUUUAUAGUCGUGCUGUUCAAGACAUUGAAAAUCCUGCCGUGCCAGAUUUGAUUUCUGACGAAAGUGAUGAUAGCAGUAGCAGCUCUUGUGAUGAUAAGAAUUGUAAUUCAGAAAGCUUUCAUGUUGCUGAUGGGAGUGCCAUUAGCUUAUCUGCUGCUGAGGAUCUUGGGUCAGACGGGACCCUUAUGUCUAAUUCUUGUCUUGAUUAUGAAUGUAUCCAUCCAGAGAUGAUAUUUGAUGCAACUGAGAGAUGCAUGAUACUUCCAUUCUUGGAAGAGACUGCUGAAAACAAUAACUUUGAUUAUGCUGGAUCCGUUGAAGAUGCUAUGCUGAACUCUGAUGAUGGAUGUUUGUUUCUGGCAAUUCACCAGGGCAAACCAUCUCAGCAGAAAUUAGGUUAUAAAAGCAGUUACGAGGACCUUGAUGAUACAGAAUAUUUUGACCCACAGUUAUUUAUUGGGAACUCUUUGGAGAUCUCUGAGGCAGUUCCUUCUUAUCUACCCAUAUUGAUGCCAAAACAAUCACGUAAAAGGAAGCCUAUAACUCUUGUUCUUGACUUGGAUGAAACACUUGUCCACUCUUCCCUGGAGCAUUGUCCUGAUGCAGAUUUCACCUUUCCUGUUUUCUUCAACAUGAAAGAGCACACAGUCUAUGUUCGACGAAGGCCCCACCUCCACACAUUUCUGGAAAGAGUAGCAGAGAUGUUUGAGGUCAUUAUCUUCACAGCCAGUCAAAGCAUGUAUGCAGAGCAGCUGCUGAAUAUAUUAGAUCCUGACCAAAAGAUUAUUUCUGAGCGUGUCUACCGGGACUCUUGUAUAUUUUCAGAAGGCAGUUACAUGAAGGACCUGACAAUUUUGGGACGUGACCUGGCAAAAGUUGCAAUAAUUGAUAAUUCCCCACAGGUUUUCCAAUUGCAAGUCAACAAUGGAAUUCCUAUUGAAAGCUGGUUUGAUGACCCGACAGAUUCUGAAUUACUGUCUUUACUUCCCUUCCUUGAGACACUUGCCUCUGCUGAUGAUGUACGGCCUAUCAUUGCAAAAAGAUUUGGCACUCAAGGCUGAUGAACUUCUAUAUGAUCUGUUUUCUUACUGGUUAUAUACCAGCCUAUCUCCUCAAUUCUUACACCCUUUAAUCCCCAGGGGCCAAUAACUCAGUUGGAGAACAAGUCCGUAACGCUUGCUGUCCUUAUGAAGCUAAUUCAGCUUACCUAUCAUCCUAUUCUCUACCUGCCUUCAGCUGAUUGUGGAGGGUCAUUCUGACAGUUCCCUUGCAAUAAACCGGUUUGGCGAUUUGGUUGCUGAAAUUGUUGGCAGUGGGAUGUAAUUUUAUGUCAUAGUAGAAAACUAGAGUUGCCUGUACAUGAGAAAUUUUGCUGGUAAUAAAAUUAAUUGUUUGCUUA